AGGCAAAACCCACCAAUAGGCGAGAGACCGAGAGUUAAAUGUUUUCCGAUUUUCAAACAGUGAACUUGUGCGUGCGUGUAGAUUAAAUUAAUUAACCAUUUAAAUCGCGUGAGAUUGCAUCCAUUUAACGACUCUCGUCAUGUCGACUAGCCCGAAACCGGUUAAGAAGGUGCCAAUUCACUUGCAGAGCGCCCAGAAUCGUGUCUACAUUAAAAAUGGCGAGAUCGUUAACCAUGACAAAACGUUCAAAGCGGAUGUGUACAUCGAGGACGGAGUUAUCAAGUUUGUGGGACCCUCCUCUGAAAUCACCAUACCUGGAGGAGUGCGCACCAUCGACGCCAGCGGCCUGAUGAUCAUCCCCGGAGGUAUAGAUCCCCACACGCACAUGCAGUUGCCUUUUGGCGGAGCCGUAGCCGUCGAUGACUUCUACCACGGAACCAAGGCUGCCGUCGCAGGAGGCACCACCAUGAUAAUCGAUUUCGUUCUGCCCAACAAACAUGAGUCGAUGAUUGAGGCCUACGAUAAGUGGCGCAGCUGGGCCGAUCCUAAGGUAUGUUGCGACUACGGAUUGCAUGUCGGAAUCACCUGGUGGUCAAAGUCGGUGUCCGAGGAAAUCGGAAUUCUGUGCAAAGAGCUUGGAGUUAACUCUUUUAAAACAUUCAUGGCCUAUAAAGGUCUUUACCAGCUAAACGAUUCAGAUCUAUUAGAUGUUUUCGAGCGCAUUAGACACCUAAAUGGCGUCGCAAUGGUCCACGCGGAGAACGGCGAUAUCAUUGCGAAGAACACGCAGCGUCUGCUGGCCGAGGGCAUCAAUGGGCCAGAGGGUCAUGAGUUGUCACGACCCGAGGAGGUCGAGGCCGAGGCGGUGCACCGCGCCUGCGUGCUGGCGCACCAGGCCGCUUGUCCGCUGUAUGUGGUCCACGUGAUGAGCAAGUCGGCAGGCAUUGAGCUGGCCAGGGCCCGCCACCGGUAUCGGGGUCGAUACAUUAUGGGCGAGACCCUGGCUGCGGCGCUGGGCACGGAUGCGACCUGUUGUCAGCACCUCGGCUUCGAUCACGAGGCCGCGCAUGUGCUCAGCCCGCCUUUGCGGCCCGACAAGACGACCCCCGAGUUCUUGAUGAAGCUGCUGGCGAAUGACGAUCUACAGCUGACUGGCAGUGACAACUGCACCUUCAACAAGGAGCACAAGGCUCUCGGAAAGGGCGACUUCACCAAGAUUCCCAACGGAGUCAACGGUGUCGAAGAUCGCAUGUCAUUGGUCUGGGAGAAGGGAGUCCAUGCCGGGCUUCUCGAUCCUUGCCGCUUUGUGGCCGUCACCAGCACGAAUGCGGCCAAGAUAUUCAACAUAUAUCCACAGAAGGGACGUAUUGCUGUAGGGUCGGAUGCGGACAUUGUGAUCUGGAAUCCGAAUGCCACCCGUACUAUUUCCAAGGACACGCAUCACCACGCCUGUGACUUCAACAUUUUUGAAGGCAUGACCGUGCAUGGCGUUUGCGAGUUCGUCCUGGUGCGCGGAAGGAUCUGCGCCGAGCGUGGUAACGUGCGUGUGGCAGAGGGCUUCGGACGGUUCAUUCCCACCCCUGUCCGUCCUCCGUUUGUCUAUGACAUUAUCGAGGGCAAGGUACAGUCGCAGCCAGAGGAGCAGCACGAGGAGAAGCAAAACGGCAACGUGGCCAAGCGCUUUGCCGAGCUAGACAUACAAAUCCCGGUUCAGGAGCCCAUCAGCGCCAUGCUAGCUGGCAACCUGGCCAUGCCAGCGGAAGGAUCACUGUGCAGUACGCCCUCGGUACGUGGACGUGUCGAUGGCAAGCGGGAUUUGCAGGAAUCUUCCUUCUCCAUAAGUGAGGAGCUCGACAGGUCUGGCGUUCGAGCGUGCAUUAAAGUAAAGAACCCACCUGGCGGAAAGUCUUCCGGAUUCUGGUAGAUCACAGACGAGAUAUCGCAUCGUAAUGUGUGUGGAUGUGGAAUCGCACAAUUUGCGACGACAGUGUAAGCCAAAGUCUGCGCUCAUUCGAUAACUAAACUGGCAUUUAAAAUAAAACCCUGAAACAAAACCGUAAUCUAACCAAAUUUCUAACAAGUACAUAGGAGUAUAGCCACAAACCGAUUUAGGAAGAAUCAUACAAUCUGCUUCCUCAUUUAAUAUUAAGCAACGAUUGCCCUUUGUUGAUACAAUUUUUGUUAAAUUGUUCAACUAAGAAACCUUAAAGGAAGUAAAAGACCAUUUCUCGAAUGGAGGACUACAAAAAUCAAACAAAACUGGUUAUUUAGAUACUUUCGUUGAACAAGUUUAUUUUUAAAUACUUUGUUUAUUUACAAGGACAUUUAGCACAAUUUGUUUGUACUCUUGAAAGCUAAUAGGCAAUCCAAGCAAAAUCAAAAGGCUCGAUAGACUAACUGAGUUAAAUACUUUAAACUAUUGCAACUGCAUAUUGAUAAUCCGCUUUGAAGUGUAGUACAUUGGUCAUGUAAAACAAAGUACCGUUUUGGGAGCAAAUUCGGCAUUUCAUCUAAGGAUGUAUAAAAUUAGAACAUCAAUCAUUUUUUCAAUAAAAAAUAUAUAUAUGUGCAGAACUAUUUAUUAUAAACACAUACUUUAUAUACAUACAUUUAGUAACAAAAGCAGAACACAAAGAUCAAACUAAUAAACUUUACCAAAAAAUUAAA